AUGUCUACAACUCCUCAUCGCCAUACAUACUACGGCGGAGGUUCCGGAACCGUAACUGAAAAUGCACAUCAUAACUCAUUGAAUUCUUCUGCUCAUAAUCAUAAUGGAUCUCGGAGUGGAAAGAGACGUCAGGUCACUUUUGGCCCAUAUAUUAUCGGACCAACUUUGGGAGAAGGAGAGUUUGGAAAAGUGAAGCUAGGAUGGUCAAAGAGCGGUUCAGAUGAAUCUAAGAACGUAGCAAUAAAGUUGAUCAGACGGGACACCAUUCCAAAAAAUUCUGAGAAGGAGAUUAAAAUAUACAGAGAGAUUAACGCGUUGAAGCAUUUGUCCCAUCCAAAUAUAGUAACAUUAGAAGAAGUUUUGCAGAACUCGAAGUAUAUUGGAAUUGUGCUUCAAUACGCAUCAGGAGGAGAGUUUUACAAAUAUAUACAAAAGAAAAGGCGCCUGAAGGAACCUGCCGCUUGCAGACUUUUCGCACAGCUGAUCAGCGGUGUACACUAUAUGCAUCACAAAGGCUUGGCACAUAGAGAUUUAAAAUUGGAAAACCUAUUACUUGACGAGCAUGAAAACUUAAUAAUUACAGACUUUGGGUUUGUAAACGAAUUCAAUUCUAAAAAUGACCUUAUGAAGACUUCAUGUGGCUCUCCAUGUUAUGCAGCCCCGGAAUUAGUUGUGACAACAAAGGAUUAUGAAGCUAGAAAAGCUGAUGUGUGGUCUUGUGGUGUUAUUCUAUAUGCUAUGUUAGCCGGGUACCUGCCGUGGGAUGAUGAUCCUGAGAAUCCCGACGGUGACGAUAUUGCAAAGCUAUACAAUUACAUUACUAAAACUCCAUUGAAAUUUCCAGAAUACAUCAAUCCUGUACCUAGAGAUAUCCUUAGAAGAAUUCUGGUUUCCAAUCCGGCUAAACGUAUCACAGUUGAAAUGAUUGAAAAACAUCAAUGGCUACACCCUCAUUCGUUAUUCCUAUCAUUAAAACCAGAAGAUUGGGAUACUAAAGCUAAAGCAGAAAUCAGCAACAUCUUCAGACCACCACCCAAACAGUCUUCUCAUUCGAGAUAUUCUAGACCUCAAUCUAAUUCGUCUGUUUCUUCUAGCGAGAAACGUAACUCCUUGAUAAUGGACUCUACAUUGCAUCCACAACCUGUUCCGCCACAAGAAUCACAAUCUCAUGCAAUUGCCAAACCUUCAUCUCCAUCAUCAGAAUUAAGGAGCAGUCCAGUUAAAAGGAUCACCCAUUCUAGAAGUAACUCUGCUGCAUCACUUGCUCUACAGGCCGUAGUAGACGCAGAAAGGGAGUACUUUUAUGUAUCACAGAAUUCACUUCAAAGCGGUUCUCUCGGCUCCUCAGUAGAGCAACAAUCAUCGAAUGUUAGAGUACAAACAUAUUCUGCCACCAGAUCAACAACGCAUAACAACUCAACGUCAUUAAUGAAUAGAAACAGCAUUAUUGUGGAGGUCAGUCCAAAUAAGGAGUUUUCUAUAGCUUCUUCGGCAUCAGCUAUUCCUACAACUAAUUAUACUUCAUCCAGGGAGUCAUACUUAUCUUCUUCACCAAUUAGAAAUCCAAUUAAUUCUCCUAAGUUUCUCCAGAGUUCCUUUAAUUCUACUUCCAUGCAAAAUGGCAAUAAGUUUGGACCAACGCAUCAAUCAAGACCUAGACCAACAUCCUAUCAACCAACUUCAACAUCAUACGUUGAUACGCCGAUUUCAUAUUAUCCACAGGGUCAUCCCAUUUCAUCUACAAAUGAAUUUUCUUACAGUACUAGAACUAUUAACAGCAAUUCAAAUACUGCAGAUUCAAUAAAUCGGAAUUUUUCACCUAACUUAAUUGGGAAGAAUACGGAUUCCAUGAACUUUCAAUCAGAUGUUAUUCGUAGAGGGUCAUUUUCGGCUAGUAAACCUUCACCAUCAAUUGAUCUCAAUAAUGUAGAGGGAGAUCUCAUCAAGACUGCUGAAGAAGAUCAUAAGAACCUAAAGCAGCAACAUCGUAAAUCCCAAAGGUAUAGUGCGGUGCUAUCAGAAGGUUUUGGAACGGUCGACGAAGAGACAGAAGACUCAAUACCCCUUGUUCAUCCAAAGCAAAGUUCUCACGCAGGAUCAUCAUAUGAUUUAUCUAAAGAAUUAGGUAAAAUGGUCAUAGACGAGUCCAGAAACGGUGAUGCUGCAAUCCCAUACAGUCAAUUGGAGACACCCGCAUCACAAUUGGCAAAACAACCAUCUAGACAUUCUUCAGUUCCAAAAGAAGACGUACGCUCAAAGAAAGAAAAACGGUUUAGUUUAUUGUCGUUCUACUCUUAUUAUAACAACUCUAAAACCAGUGUUAGUUCUGACUCUUCCUCUCAGACAAGAAAGGUUUCCAGUACUUCUCAAAAAAUGGCCGAUAGAGUUUCUUUGAAGAAAGCAAAUAACAAUGAGUCCAGGAACGCUUCAGGUUCUGUGAACUAUUACGAGGCCUCAAAGCCAAGAGUACCGUCGAAUAGUUCAUCAAAGAAUAAUCACAGACACUCAAUGAUGCCUCCAAAGACUACACCAUUAGUUGAUACCACAAACAAACGUUCCCAUAGAUCUUCAGUAAUGGUUUCUUCGAUGAAAGAAACAACAGAGUCAAAUCGUCCUUCCGAGAGAGAAAACCACGACCAUAGAGAACAAAGUACUGCCAAGAAAGUUUUUGAUUUCUUUAAGAGGAGAAGUAUGAGACUAUAA